UACCUUCACAGACCAAGUGAGUGACAAAAAGCAAAGGUGGCAUUGUAAUAGAGUAAUUAAACUUUAGCCAAAGCCAGGCUCGGCUAGCACAGCAUACAUGUCUGUUAACUAACGUUAAUGUUUAGUUGGUGCUAAAUUAGCUAACGUUAGCCAAACAGCAUGCAACGUCGGCUAGAGGUCAGCAUUAACUUAUUAAGAUAGCGUUAAUAGCUAGUUCUUGUUUUAAGUGCUUUCAACAAACGAGACAACAGUCGGAGCGUGUGAGGUAACGUUAGCGUUAAUGUUGUCUGAACUGAACUAUCGUUAACAAGCAAACAAAAUAUGCUAACGUUAGCGAAACCUUCUAAACACGUGACUAUAAACGUUACAACCCACUUGAACUCAAUUCAUUUCGUAACACAUGACGGCAGUGUGCCUGGUGUUUUACUGAAGCUGUUAAAUAUCGGUUGCAUAAAAGCUGGCUAGCAAAGAAGUGCAGAACUUUGGUAAGCUUGACGUUACUUAAAAGGGCGAGUGAACAAAAGCCGAGUUAGCUGCCUGAGAAAGGAAAGAAAUGCAGUCUGUGGUAAAACAAAACUUCCAUUCGGAGACGGAGGGAGACAUCAACAAACUCAUCAACCUCAAGCUCAAUGCAUCCUACACCUUCCUUGCUCUGGGUAUGUAUUUUGACAGGGAUGAUGUUGCCUUGCCAAAUUUCUCCAAAUUUUUCCUGGAGCGCUCGGUGAAAGAGAGGGAACAGGCUGAGAAGCUGCUGGAAUAUCAGAACAUGAGAGGAGGGAGAAUUUUGCUUCAGACCAUUGCUAAACCAAGUAGAGAGGAUUGGAGAGGUGGUCUGGAUGCAGUGUCCUUUUCCCUGGACUACCAGAAGUCCCUGAACACAUGUAUGCUUGAUGUGCACCGCAGAGCUGGUAUCCACACUGACCCUCACCUGUGUGACUUUCUUGAGCAGCACUUCCUCACCGACAGCCAUGACACUAUCAAAAAGCUGGGCGAUUACGCUGGAAGUCUGACCCGCAUCACUGCAUCUGAGACACACGGUCCUAUGGGAGAAUACCUCUUUGAUAAACACACUCUGUAAAGGUCACAGAAGUACAGUGAAACAAGCUCCACAUUUCAAAAGAUACAUAGUCAAGAGACCACCAGUCCCUCACACUGUGAAUUCUUCUCCGUUUAAAAAAAACUACACAACACUUUCACAGUUUGACAAACUUCAUUCUUGUACCAAUGGCACAAGAGAAGUUCAAAGCAAAAUAACAGAAAAUACCUCAAUUUUUCUUAAACCAUAGUGGAAAAAUAAUGGUCUCACUAAUAUGGUGCUAAAAACUAUAAUUUUUCUAAGCUGUUAAAUGAGUCACUUGUUUAUUUAGACUCAGUUGUAUCAUGUGUCAUGCAUUCCAGUGUGUCAGAGGUUUUAACCUUAAUAAAUAUUGUUUAAUGCAUACAAUUCUGAGUCAAAAUUAUUUAGAGUUUAAGAUUUGGAAUAUCAUUGAAACAUUGAAUAAAGUCAGAUUAUGCUGA